AUGACGUGGGUGUUGUUGGUGAGGUUUCUUGGUGGGAAGGAAGAGAAACCCCGUAGGCCGAGUAGUAGGGAGGAGUUGGUGAAAACGCUGAUUGUGUUAAAGGGGCCGCAUUUUAUGCUUUGUUCUGUGAUUUUGAGGAGGGGGAGGGUGUACUGGCAUUUGAUACAGGACAAUGGCACCAAGAGGCCGACAAGCUUUGGGAGUGAUCCUAACAAUCUACCCAAGCCCUUGUAUGUGGAUGAUGUUUUUGGUGUGGAGGACGGGGAGUUGGAAAAGUGUCGGCAUGUUUGUUGGGAGUGA